AUGAAGUUCUCCCUCCUGAGUGCCAUUGCCCUCUUCGCUGCGGCGGCCACCGCCCAAACCAACAACGCCGUCGCGGACAUCGACGACCGCGCUCGAUCGUUGAAGGAGGAUGCUGCUAGAGUAGACGAUUCCGUGUUGAACCGCGAGUGUCACAAACAAAACGACAACUACAUCCCGUCCCUCAAAGCCGGACAGUACUCGACCAGUGCGUUCCACAACUGCUUCCGCACCAGCGACCAAAUCUACGAGUUCAUCGAUACCUUGGUCAUCCAAAAUCCGAAAUUGCUGAGCAAGUUUGCCAUCUCCAAGUCGUACAAGAACGCCACGAUUUACGGCAAGGGCCACUCGCAGUCGCUGUACUUUCAAGCCCUGCAACACGCCCGCGAAUGGAUCGCGGGGUCGUCGAUUCUGUUCUCGUUCGCGUCGAUUCUGGAUGACAUUGCCAACAACAAACCCACGGCCGCCGACGAGUACGACUUGUACUUUGUGCCUAUCGUCAACAUUGACAGCUACGCCCUCACGUGGAACGGCACCCGAUUCCAGCGCAAAAAUGCCAACGAAGUCGACUUGAACCGCAACUGGCCGACUCCCUUCAAGAACCCCAAAACCCGUACCAAAAAACACGGAGAUUACCCCGGUCUUAAGACGUUCAGUGAGCCUGAAACUGAGGGCAUCAAUGAAUGGCUCCAGUCUAAACGCAGUGAAAUCCAAGGGUUUCUCGACAUUCACGCGUACGGGGCCUUCGUUCUUUACGCGUUCGCAGACACGAAAGAACCCAUCGGCGGUGGGAUUGACGAGAAGUUCGACGUCCUCGGCCGUGGAUUGCAAAGCGCUAUGGGGGAGGCAUACAUCCAAAAAUCGGCGCACAAAUUUUAUUUGGCGUAUGGGGUGUUCCCAGAUUACGCGUUCCGUGAGUUCAAAAAGCCCGCCCUGACGAUUGAAAUUUUCGGCAAAGGUUUUACCGCGAACGUGUCGACCAUCCAAACGCGCGGCCUCGAAGUGUACAAAGGCAUCAACCAAUUCGCCAAGGAAGUGACCGUAUUCAACAGCGGAGACGUCACUCCCACCAAGCCGUCGUGUGGUGAUUAG